ACAGAUCUGAGGCUGGUGAGCAGCAGUGACUGUGCUGGGCGGCUGGAGGUUUUCUACAAUGGGACGUGGGGCAGUAUUUGCUCCAAUCAGAUGACUGGCGUCACCCCGACAAUUGAAUGCAAACAGCUGAACUGUGGAGAUGGAGUGCUAACUGCAGGAGAAUUUCAACGUGGGGAAGGUUCUGGUCCCACAUGGCUGGAUCAUGUUAAGUGCACUGAGCAGCACAGUUCCCUUUGGCAGUGUCCCUCAGGCCCAUGGAAAUGGCAGUCAUGUGAUUACCGAUCAGAAGAGACCCAUAUUAUUUGCAAUGGUUCUUCAAAUGGUGUGAUGAAGACAACAGCUUCACUGAUUAGAAGAGAAGCUCCUGCACUGCCUGGAGAUGUCACACAGGAGGAUUAUGAUGAUGUCAAAGAAGUUUCUGACCCCAAUGAUGACCACGGCCCUGGGCAGUGUGCCCGGGAAGUCACUGGAGCUCCAGGAGAGAGUGACAGGAACAGGGAUUCACAGACAGAUUGGAGUCUGCACUUGCUAAGAAGUGAAGAGGUCUCUGAAGCUGAGAGAAAUGCCCUGUCCCUGCUUCCUGGAGACCCAGGUUAUGAUGAUGUUGAAGAUGGGGUCUCUGGGACAUCACUAUAAGAAUGCUGAGUUCAGAUCAAAUGUCCUGUGAGGACAUAAAUGUUGUAUGAUUGGGCUAUUCUUCUCUCAAAUGCUUUCUGGGCCAUCGGGGCAUCAGAAACAAUCCCUACCUGGGAACUAGUUCAUACAGCUUUUAUAUUGGAGUUUUGUCCGCUGGCAAGAAAUAUGUGUGACUGAGACAGGGUCUGUGGUUUCCCCUGUAAUUCCCCAUUGAUCAGACUGUCUGGAACUGUCUUGCUUUUUUAUUCCUGCUGUUUUAUUUCUAACAUUUCUUCCCUGUGAAUUUUUAUUUUUUCUUAGUAAACAAUUUUUGAAAGAC